AUGGCAGACGCCAAGGCGGCAAAUGUUGAGGCGGUAGAAGAGGAGGAGGAGGAGGAGGAGGAGGAGGAGGUGGAGGAGGAGGGUAGUGAUGGUUCGAGAGGGCGGUCGACGUUUGUUGACGCCGUGGGAGGCGAGGGAGGGGUGGCCGGAGAGACGGCGAUUGUUGCAUUUCGGAUGCUCCAGUUGGUCCGGAGGUGUCUAACAAGUCCAUUUGGCGCCCGGAAUAUCUGUAGAUAUCGUGGACACGUUGGAGGCGGUUGGACGUUGGUGUUGAGAGGCGGCGCAGUUGAAAUUUGAGUCUCGCGUUUGGCUUUUGUGGGGGCGAUGAGGUCGACUUCGAAGAUUGCUGCUCUUGUCUUCACUGUCCUCCUCCAGGUCGGUCGGUCUCGGGCAAUGCCUUCCUAAUUGCCCGGGUUGAUCUGCAGAUGCCUCAGCGAGGUCUUCAGUGUGUCCUUGUAUCGAUGGAUUCGACCUCUUCGGCGGCUGGGGCCCUUCGCGACGUCUCCACAGAAGAGUUGUUUGGGUAG